AUGCCGAUCAGGUUGAAUUUUAAACGUACACACAGAUACAAUGUAUCGGCAAAAGACUUACAUGUCAUAAAAAUUUACACCCUUGAUGGAACAUGUGUUGAAUACACCGUCACUUCUACGACAACUGGUAAAGAUGCUUUGGAAUAUGUAUCGCAGCGCCUGGAUAUUGACAACAUUUGUGUUUUUGGAUUGAGAUAUGAAGGUUGGUCUGGGGACUCAAGAUGGCUGUUUCUUAACAAAUCAGUGAAAAAGCAGUUGGACAGAUAUGCCCGACAACAUGUGCUUACACUUACAGUCAUGCUUUUUAUUAACAAUCCCCAAUUCAUCUCAGACACACAGCUGAGACGAUUCUUCUAUUUGCAACUACGUGAGGAUGUAGCGACUGGUUUGUUACCAGUCACAUUAAAAUUGGGGAUAAAACUGAGUGCGUAUAGUUUGCAGGCGGACUUUGGUGACUUUAUAAAUGUGGACACAACCUUGGCUAACUGGAGAGCUCGUUCGUCCACAUGCGGGGGGAAACUGUGUGGGGCCUUCGAUUUAUCUACAACUGAGUAUGUGGACGAUAUCUUAUGGGGCUACCUACAUCUGCAAGGUGUUUCACAAGACAACGCAAUAUGGUACUUUCUUGAUGAGAUUCGACACAUUCCGAGGUAUGGCGUUCGUACAUUCCGUGGCAUGACUUGCCAGAAUGAACCGGCAGAACUCGGAGUUUCACGGAAUGGUAUCAUCAUCACCAUGCUAGAGCCAGAAAAGGGAACGACCACGAAUCUAAAGUGGGAACACAUCAAGGACCUCACUUACUCACGCAAGACCUUCACAAUUCAAACCUUGAAGAAAAGCAAAGCAGUGCAUUUUGUAUUUGAUAACAGUGAAAACGCUCGCUACUUAUGGCAAUUUUGCAUACAAAUGCACAGCAGCUACAUUGAAUAUUGGACACAUAUGAAGUCAUCUCCACAGCAGCCAGCAAUUCACAUUUCUGAGCCCCCGGACAUACUCAGAGGAACGGAAUCACGUUACACAAAUCCAGACUCACCAAUGCAUCACGAUAUUUUCCCUGAUGGAUCCAACUUCUCUUUGGUUCCUUCCGUUACGGGUCCCGGCCGAUCACCUGAAGCCAGAAACGAACAAAGUGGCGGCAGUAGCGGAAGUGCGUCUAAACCGGCAAUGCAGUCUUCUGCACAACUUUCAGUGAACAAUUCAACGCACAACGAAGAAUACCGCUUAACCAGCGAGCAAAUGGAAAAAGGAACAACGGCUCAAGUUCUGUUUGCACGCGAUCCGGACCUGCUGCUGGCUACCUCCGAAACGAAGGAUAAAAACGACAUCACACCUCUUGAAGGUCGCACUCAGAGUCCUUCUCAUCUGGCACUAUUAGCUGCCAUCCACGAGGCCACUGCUGAGAGUGAAAGUGGUACACUUGUAGGUCAGUGGAGCCUACGCAGUGCCGCGGAUACGCUUGAUUCCCAAAUGAUUAACCAAGGCUGUGUUACAUGUCUUUCUGGUCGAGACUGGCUGCGUCCUACGGGCUGGUUCCAACCUAGGGCAGGAGUGACAAAUCACUCUAUGAGCAGUAAGGCAAUAAAAGCCUCCAUUAAUACUGAGUUGCAGACAAAAGACGGAGACAAGAGACGUUUGAUGGAUAAACGAACUCGAAUUCAUCGAGGUCAUCAACGAAGACAUCAUCAAGGGGUACUUGAGCAGCAGCACAAAGAUGAAUGCGGAACUGAUGCAAACCGGCGUGAUGAACGAAACCAAGCUACUGGAAGAGUGGGCCCUCCCGAAGCUGGGACAUCUAACUUCGGCAUACAUCUGGGGACAAGCGGAAGAAUCUUAAUUGACAAUGUCCCACUUUCUCCAUCCUCGCUGCUUUCUUCAGACAGUUCUUCCGAGCAUGGAAUAGUUUCUUCACACGCGUCCUUUUCUUCGUCAUCAUCCAGCUGUUCGGAGUCAAGGAAAAAACCGACAAUGGGACAUUGUGACUCGGAAGAUGAGUCAUGUAGUUCUGACUCCAGUUCUACCAGCUCUAUUCGAUCAAAUUUGGAUGCGAGAUGUGAAAAUGAGCGAAACAAAAAGUCUCCAUUUGGUUUGACUGCUGCUGCUGCACUCUGCUCGACCACCCAUGGCGGGUCCGCUAGAUCUGGCGUCAAGUUGGAAGAGCCAAGGACAACUGGCUUGGGUCAACAGGGACGCAGACUAUGGCCACCUGAUACAGGAGGUCUUCGUCCGCUGCUAGCCGGAUUCGGCCAGCAUCACUAUCGACCACAAUUGGAGCUGAAACGGCAACAGGCGUGUACAAACAACGUCCGCUCGGAACAGCAACCAUUGGAUAAAACGAAUAGUCGCGAUGCGUCGUCAAUAAACACACCGACACGGCUGCCUUUGACAAAAUCUCCGUCCCGAGCCCGUAAACCGCAAGUUGGAAGAAGUUUUCAGGAUUUUCAACGCUGGCUGCUGGAAGCAAAGCAGAAGCUUCCAAAUGUUUGGAGUAAUACCGUAGCUAGUCGUGGAAUGACACUUCACAUUUCAGCACCAAUCACUGACCAAAAUGAAGCACACGCAGUGGAGACAAUGAAGCACAUGUCCGAGUCUAGAACACUGGAGAGACCGGUACCACUUACGGACAGUGGGGUACUCGGACAACAUGCCAUCAGUCCGGUGUAUGGUCAACGCGCUCGCCUGGCUAGAUCGUCGAGUGAAACAUGUGCGCACCAGUUGACGGAGACUAACCCCAGUUCUCAUCCAGAGACUGCUAUUUGCCUGCAAAAUGUCAACCAUGUUUCCAUGGGCUAUCCACUGGAAAGACAUGGAAACAAUACCGGCAGUUUAUCACGCAGUACUGCGUUUGGAAUCACUCCUGCAAUUCGCUUGUACCCCGCCAGCCCAAACCAGAGUCCUUAUGUGCAACAAUCACCUUCUUCCCUUACCAGUGAACCACCUUCUCAGGACGGUACGAUGUGGGGUUGUGGGGUACCUACAGAAAUAGCCAAGAGUGCAAUUUCCCCACGAUCGCACACGACUGAAGAAGGCGGAGUAGAAAAUUCCACUUCCAUAAGGAUCAUAUCGCAAGAAGAAGUUGGAUCACAAAACGGCCUAGAGACAAUGGUGGAGCCAGCUCAGGCGCCAUUUCAAAGGCAAAGAGUACAGCGCGCACCACCUUCCUGGCGGCUUGUACCGUCGUCCGCAGCCGUGAACGCGAAAAUAAUACCAGAUAUCACAGGUGCAGAGAAAGAAGUAGGAAAAUCUGGUGAAUCCGGCACGCGCAGUGCAUUCGUGCAAAGUGGAACCAGGUUUACUAUUCAACAGAGGAACUAUUCUUCGCCCCCGGGUCAGCAGUAUGAUGGGGAUGGCAACGAGGCGCAAGUAUUGCCCAGGCUCCCACAACCAGACAGCCAAAAGCCAGACUUCACUACUGUUGGGCCUAGUUCAGCAGCACCAACCUGCACAUCCAAACUGCCCCAAUCUGGCACUGGUGUCAGCGCUCUCAAGUUAGACCAGCUUGCGGCAAACUUGAUACCAUGUAGUUCUACGCAGUUUAAUGGAGGAUUGGUCGCGUACAAUCGUCCCAAGAUUGCGGGGAAAUCGUCUACAAUAAAUUUGUCGCAUUUUCUCACUAACCAAAGCCCCCUUCAAAACCUAGAACAACCUGCUUUACCCAGUACAAUAGGUGAUACGGUUACAGAAGGCGGGCCACAGUUUGAGAUUCCUGGGACAAGUGACGAUUUAGCACCACAACUGAACCCUACGCUAACCAACUCCAGCUCCUCGGAACAGAGCAGCUCAUUAAGGCAGUCCUCAAAUGGUCCACUCCAUCUCCUCACAAACUCUGACAUACAUCAGCUACUCAGUCUGACAAAUAUUAAGGAAACUGAGCUUGCUCAUAGACUACUGGUUGAGUACAGGCUGGCCUUACUGCAGCAACAAAGCUUACACACAAACAGUGUCAGCACACCAAACCUGACAGCUAGUCAAGAAUUGCAGAUGAAUUCUUCCACAACUGCGGCAGAAGAAACCGAAGAAGCCAAUUUCCUCAUCAAUGGGAUGUGUACUGAAAGGGAGAAAAAGAUAUUCAAGUGCUCAAGCACACAACCUACAGACAAUCAUAAGGAUACGUCGAACGACAAUCAUGUUUCACCGAAAAAUUCACCUGUGAACAAUCCUCAUCGACGACGCCGUCACGGUCAACCAAGUCACUCGUCAAAGAAAAAGUCCUCGGCUCGAUUGGGAUCGGUUAAACGUAUGCAUUCUGAGAGGGGUUCAAUCGAGGAAUCAGGACCACUUUCUAUAGAUUCCCCAGAUUAUGUGAAUGCGGCAGCGUUCCGUACCAAUUCAAUGGGCUACGAGGAUAGACCACUGAGUUUAGCAAGCUCCACGGAUAUGGAGUCAAAUGGGACAUUUCGGGUCUUGUCCAGCACUGAGACGCGUGGAAGCAGCGGAGCUGGUUGGUCAACAGGAAACUUAACGGGGCCUGGAGCUAGUUUUGGCAGUACAGAUGUUACGUGCAAUUCAAUGGAUCUUACACAAUCUCUCGGACUUUCGCAUAAUGGUACCACAGAAGUCACAUUGGCUAAUCGAUCGUGGGACCAUCUCCCGCAAUCCAAAAGAUUGGGGCUGAUUCAUGCAGGCAACGGAAGACGGCGCGGAGUUGUUCCAAUGCCCGAACUCAACGAAUCUACCACUCGGUCCAGCAGUAUCGCUGGUAUCAAUUUACAGCCAGAUGUAUGCGCAAUCCACAACCAGGAAGACGCCGCGCAACUGCAUCUAGAGCAUGUGGUUCUCAGUGAGAAAACAGUGGAGAAUCCUGAUUGUCAUAAAUCAAACAAGCGUACAGCACAUGAGGCUUAUGAGAAUAUCAGCUAUUUUCCAGAAAGAUCAAACCAAGAGGUUUCCAAGGCGCAUGGGAAGCUGGUACAAAAGACAUGUUCGCCUACAGACCAGGCUAAUCAAAUGACGUAUUCUAAUUCGGCAUAUGACGAAGAAGUCACAUUCACACCCAACCUGGAUUCUGUCUCCGUUUGUACUCUGACCCACCAAACGACCUCUCUUCCUGAAUCAACUUUGUCCGACUCACACACAUCACUUGCGUCCGCAUCGACUUUGUCGUCUUCCACUUCUGGAGCUACAUCUUCCCUAUCCAACUCCGAGAUCUCUUCUGAUAUGGCCACUUCUCUGGGCGGAAUGCAUCGUGAAAUGCAUUCGGACAGCGAUGCCUCGGCGUCUACAGGGCUCCGAUCGCCUGCACUUCAUCCUUUUGAAAAAUGCCAUUUACCAACUACCUGUGAUGAAAUCGAUAAGAUGAAACGAAAUGCGCGUCAUCAUGACUGCUGUUUAGCCACCUCUCCCACGGUUGACUCGAUGAAAAAGCUAACAUCAGAGAAUACCUGCAGAAAUGCUAAUAAGCUUAAGGACAAUUCGUCUUCAAGAGGCAAAUAUAGGCAUUGUAGCUAUGAAUGUUGCGCCCAUGGAAAGAGGAUGACCACUGUAGCGAAAUCUGGUUCCCUUCGUUGCAGUAGUGGGAAGCAAAAUGCAUCUCAGCAUUCAACAGCGGGCAGGAGCGAAAUAGGACGUUCCAACUUGAAAGGUUCAUCAUUUGACCCCUAUGUAAAAACUGCAGGUGCGGACACUAGCGAAGGUCAACGUUCAAAACCCAGUCGACAUAUCAGAACGAGUGAAUCCUUUAAGCUUUAUCAAGCAACGAGGCCACGUCGCUGUCACGAUUCCGAAGUUUUGGCACAUAGAGCCAAGACAUGUUUGAGAAAUUCUCCAAUGUUUUCUAAACAAGAAAAAUGUGUCUUUUAUUCCGAUGAGGAGGAUCCGCAAGAGAUUUGCUGUUAUUCGGAUUUAAAUUUGCAUAACAAUGAUGGCAGUACCUCGGCAACACUGUCACCGGUGGAAAGCCCUUGUCUUUCCUCUGCUUCCUCAUAUUCUUACUCUCUCUCAUCGCUAGAUAUAAAAACAGAAGAACCGCCUCUAUGGUAUUCACGAUAUCGACGACACCGCCGCUCAAACAACCAACCACAUCAAUGUAAACUGCACCGCCACCAUCACCACUUUAUGAUCGAACGUGUCAAUACGGGAGGACCUUGUCGUAAAGAGCGCAUCAAGCGUGGCGGUAGCCUGGAUCCAUCCCUCUCUUCACCUAUGAAGCCGCAUUUUAACGUACUCCGCAAAAAACGAUCCAGCCAGCCUGCAACGAACUAUAGGAUAUUGUGCCACAAAGGAGGGCUUGAAGUUUCUAGUCGUACGUCACCAUCAGUUACGCUAGCGCACAGACAUGCGUGCUGUUUAGACAACUCCGAUUCAUCAAGUAAUCGACACUGCCCUUGUGUGUUGUCCGAAAAUAGUGAAGAGGUAUUUGGUAACACGGGACGAGAUCGUCCCCUCACAACGACAUUAAAGAAAGGUGUUAACAGUCGACCACAACAAUAUUUUGUCACCCCUGUGUUCACCCCAAGUGUCUACCGGAAGUCGGCACAUCGGCAUCAUAAUCGAAAGAAGCAAGUGGAUGAUCCAUCGAAACAUAUUCAUCAGCACGACCUUCCUUGUCUAAAUGACAAGGCCAACGUAAGCGACGCAGUUGUGGACACAGGUAAGCCGCCAGUUGCUAAACGAAAAUCCAACGAAUCGCCUACCUCAUUAGACAGUCCCAUUCAAGUGAUGGAAGAAAAGGGGGUUCUGUUUCACAACUGGAGAAUUGACAGCCCUGCAAAACCCGUUAGACCGAAGGACUUGACGUUUCUUCUACGACAAACUACCUCACUGCAAGCAUCACCAGAUACGAAUGCGCGAUCAUCUUUGCGGGGCACUGAAGAAUCAAUCACGAUGUCUAGACCACGGUAUCAAGCUGUCAAAGUUUCUGAAUUGUUAGAAAAUCGUAAUUCACCAACCAACGAUAGACAGCAGCAACAACACACUAGUCUUGAAUCGCGGUAUUCACCGCGGCCAAGUCACCAUCCAUUAUCCACUCUUCCAAUAAGAGCUGGUGUCCGUCCUUCUUCGCUAUCUUAUCGCGUUUGUUCCGGGGACAACUAUCAACAGGAUGACGAAGUUCAACGAGCUCAGUCACCUGCGUUUCAAACAAUUGGUCAGAAUGACAACUCCGGAAAAAGGAGCCAUGAUUCAUAUGCUAUGCACAUGCAUAGCAAAGCCGAGCAACUAAGAAAUCCGCCAGUGAUUCGCUCUCCAACUUCUACCUCUGCGCCGCAGCCACAACAUACGCAAAUUGGACGAUCUGGUUCAGCCUACCGUGUAAACAACAAUCCUUCAGAGUCUGUCCAAUCUGGAACAUUUAGACACUCUCCUACCCAUUUUCCAUCUACUAUACAUCGUUCUAUCACUAUGUCUCCUACAUCACCUACUCUACUAUACACAACAUCAGUGGUUGUCAAACCACCAGCACCAAAUGGAAUUCGAACAGGUCCCUCGUUUGAUCGCGACAAAUACUCCUUGCCUAAUGAUGUCACGGACAUUUCAAGUAACAAAAGUGGGGGUGCAUGUGGAGAGUCGAACGCUGCCAUUAUCCGCAGUGGUUCCUUGGAUCCAAGUGAUUUAUUAGUGCGCCAGGAAGUGAUUGGUGUCAAAAAGGCCACCAGUACCACAUUUACGCCGCCAGUUAAAUUCAGCGGACAGCAGGAAGCUGCUCGAAAACAACACAACACAUCCGAUAAACGUACACAAGGAAACUCUCCAAAUCAGACUGAAGCCUCUACUCGGGGAAUGACGAUCACAGCCUCAGGCACCAGAUUCCAUGGACCUCGCUUCAAUUUGAAUGAUCCAGUGCAUUCUAAGCCCUUUGACAUCAAGUCACGAGUUACCAACUCCUAAAACGGACCAAAAGACACCUGCGGCUCGCCACCCAUCCAGCCAUUUAUAAAUAUUCUGAUUGAGAAAGAAAAACCCUGAGUGACUUUUGCAUAUGUACGCAAAUCAUGAAGACAUUCAGAAAAUGACGAGAAGUUUCUUUUUAGUAUAUUACACUAGCAGUAACAGCGACGUAGCUGAUAAUCAUGUCAUUUCUUACUUUCUAUUCUCAACUAGUAGCUUUGGGUUAGCGAACGUGCAUUUCGCCACAAGAUACACGGGUGCAAACAUUGACUCCUUACUCAUCAGAACAGCUUUCCGUAAUUGAAUACAUAUGUACGUUCAUGAAGGCAUAAAGUGUUAGAUACAGAACAAUUCAUUCGCGAGACAAAUUGUGUUCUCUGGUAUAUUAAUAAAUGAGGCUCUUACAUUUGUU